AUGGAGCCCCACCUGCUCCGGCUGCUCCUCGGCCUCCUGCUCGGUGGCACCAGGGUCCUCGCCGGCUACCCAAUUUGGUGGUCCCUGGCACUGGGCCAGCAGUACACAUCCCUGGGCUCACAGCCCCUACUCUGCGGCUCCAUCCCAGGCCUGGUCCCCAAGCAGCUGCGCUUCUGCCGCAAUUACAUCGAAAUCAUGCCCAGCGUGGCAGAGGGCGUGAAGCUGGGCAUCCAGGAGUGCCAGCACCAGUUUCGGGGCCGCCGCUGGAACUGCACCACCAUCGACGACAGCCUGGCCAUCUUCGGGCCCGUCCUCGACAAAGCCACCCGAGAAUCGGCCUUCGUGCACGCCAUCGCCUCAGCCGGCGUGGCCUUUGCAGUCACGCGCUCCUGUGCGGAGGGCACCUCCACCAUCUGUGGCUGCGACUCACAUCACAAGGGGCCGCCUGGCGAGGGCUGGAAAUGGGGCGGCUGCAGCGAGGAUGCUGACUUCGGGGUGCUUGUGUCCCGAGAGUUCGCAGAUGCACGUGAGAACAGGCCGGACGCGCGCUCAGCCAUGAACAAGCACAACAACGAGGCUGGCCGCACGACCAUCCUGGACCACAUGCACCUCAAGUGCAAGUGCCAUGGGCUGUCGGGCAGCUGUGAGGUCAAGACCUGCUGGUGGGCCCAGCCCGACUUCCGUGCCAUUGGCGACUUCCUCAAGGACAAGUACGACAGCGCCUCGGAGAUGGUGGUGGAGAAGCAUCGGGAGUCCCGUGGCUGGGUGGAGACCCUCCGCGCCAAGUACGCACUCUUCAAGCCACCCACCGAGAGGGACCUGGUCUACUAUGAGAACUCGCCCAACUUUUGCGAGCCCAACCCCGAGACGGGCUCCUUCGGUACCAGGGACCGGACUUGCAAUGUCACCUCCCACGGCAUCGACGGCUGUGACCUGCUCUGCUGCGGCCGCGGCCACAACACGAGGACGGAGAAGCGGAAGGAGAAAUGUCACUGCAUCUUCCACUGGUGUUGCUAUGUGAGCUGCCAGGAGUGUAUCCGCAUCUAUGACGUGCACACCUGCAAGUAG